CAUAUGGCCGCAAUGUAAACGGCAUAGGCCAACUGACACGCCUAAUGCAAACUUUGGCUGAACCGACGCAUGUGAAACGCUGUAUUAGUAGGCAAGCAUCCUGUCCCCGCCUGCAAACUGCACAGCAUAUACCGGAGAAUACAGGGGCUUGCAUAUCGUAAUAAGCAUACAGUUGGAUAGGCACUGAUAGGCAAAUUAAAACCUGCAAGACAGCCAUGACUGCCCCGGCAGCAGACCAGGAUAGGCGCAGCAGCUUUGAAGUUCUGCCCGGCGACAUCAAGGAUAAUAUACUUGGGUUACUAAUAAAGGAUAUGUACAGCCUUCUUUCCUUCCGUAUAACGUGCUCUGCCUUCUGUAAUCUAGUCGAUAGGCUCUUCACGAAGAGCUGUACUACCCUGCUGCCGGAGCAUCUUGGAGAGCUUAUGGCGGGCAUGCGACCAUCCUUGAGGCGUUUCACCGGCCUGACGUCUGUCCGCCUCAUUCUAGAGCUGGGGCAUGGUUUCCGCAUGUCGGACGCCGUCCUCCUGGCUACCCAACCAUUCCAGCAGCUCUCCUUAGAAGCUCGAUGCCGCAUCACGCGGCUUGAGCUCGUGCAGGACUAGGAGGAUGCCGUGCCGUGUGCUGAGAGUAUUGUAUCGGCACUUGCGCCGCUGCUGCCUGGGCUGCAGCAGCUGGACAUGCGCAGCUUCCGUGGCAUGUCGUACUCCGCACCUCACCAACGCAACAUGUACGGCAUCCUUGCAGCCUGCCUGCCGCAGCUCCAGUGGCUUUCCCUUCCCAGCUGCCGCGCAGUCGUUGGCCUGGCAGUCCUGGCUGCGAGGGGCGGCAGCAACCUUUCGCACCUGCAGGUCAGCGGCCAUAACGAGGUGAGCCCGAAUGGCGACCUGGAGCUGCCCGCAAACACCACCCUUUCACGGCUGGCAGGGCUCCGUAAGCUGCACCUUCACAGCUGCAACCUCCCGCAGAGCAGUUGGCGGCUCCUGCGGGACAGCCUACCAGCUUCCUUGCAGCGCCUGCAUAUAGACGUUUGCAGUGAGUUUCCCGGCAGGCGCCUGCACGCCCGACUUGACGCCGGCUGCUUCAUUGCCGUGGACCUGCUGGAGUGCUGCGGUGGGCAUCCUGACAAGCUGCGGGAGGUUCGCGGGCUGCUGUCUAACCUCGCGGGAGGCCGGCCGCUGCAGGAGGCGCAUGAUCUUCGUAUCGACGUGGUAGAACUGUCGCACGUUUGGCAGCUGGAGAAGGUGGCGGACCUGCGGCAGCUGGGGACUACCUUUGCACGAGUGCACAUCAAGCGGCUUUCCUGGUAUGACACUUCGCCAGCUGUCGUUGCUGAGCUUGUUGAGCAGUUUGGUCUGCCCGAAGACAUCCGCUACCAGUCCGGCGGCAUUAUGCUAGCUACUACCCUGACUAUCCUUCCCCAGGAUGCGGGCGUCAAUGCGCAACCAGGUUUCGAAGAGGGGCAGCAGCAGCAGCCGGGCCAGCCGCCAGUGCACGCGGCGGGUGGGUCCCAGUGCUGCAGCUGCCGUCAGGAGAACAACUGUUGUCCAUGGCGGUGCAGCGUAUGGUGCCUGACGCCACGUCAUCCGUAACGCCUUCCAGUGCGGCAGCUCCGGGGGCGUCAGCGUCGCAGCACUACUCUGAACGCCACCUUUUCGUGCGCGGGCCUGUAUCCGAGAGACGGACGGUUAUGGCGCUGUCGUUCAAAGCGGGAAAGUUGGCGGGUGUGGCCCUCAUCAGUAACUGCUACCGAGCCGGCGGCACCAUCUUUGAUAUCGUAACUUGCGAGAACGAAAAGGCUGCGGAGCUGGUGGCUGCAGCCGAUGCGUUGGUGCAGGAGAGGGGCAUGCAAGGCGUCGUGGACGUCCCCUCCCUGUGGACAUGCGGUACGACAGCUCAGACCACUAUUAUUGCACCGAGAUCCUGAAAAGCCAAGUUGAGGAGGUGAUGCAGGAGGCGUGGAGCGCCGCCCAGGACCCGGCGGACCCCAGCAGCUGGCGGCAGCUGGUGGGGUGGCUUGCACGACUGGACUCGGAAAUAGAAUAUCUUUAUCCGGGCGACGAAGAUGAGUCAGGCGAUGAGGAAGAGACGGACGAGGAGGGCGAGUAAGGCGUUCGGGACGGGCAUGCGACGGGGGGCGGGGCAACCAAAUAGCAGCAGUUGACGUCGUGGUUGUCCGAACUCUUUGUGUGAUUGACCAGAGAAGCGUCUCGUUCUGUAUACAUGUCAUAUCAUUGUCGUCAGGUAAUGCAUUGUGGACUUCCCAUGUGCUAUCGUGUUAACUAGUGACCAAGGGCAUACCGUGGUAGUAGGGGUAAGGAGGGGAAGCAGGAUGGUGUGCUAAGAAAACUGGCCGCGAGUAGGAACAUACUGUGAUUGCCGGAUGGUGAUGGUGAUGGUGUGCAUGCGCAUGGUUUAAAGGAAGGCAUGUGGUGAGAGGCCACAUGCGGCGACGGUGCCGCCUGGCUUCAUUCGCAGGUGUGCAGCAGGCGGUGUACCGAGCACUGCUUGCGGGAAGGGACUCGGCAUGCGAGCAGGGAAGGUGUGUUAAAAUAACUGGCCGCGAG